AUGACUGAUAUUCUUAGCACAUUUUAUACAUCGCUUAUAGCUGGAGGCUUUGCUGGAUGUGCAGUAGAAAUUACAUUAUUUCCUUUAGACACAAUUAAAACAAGGCUUCAAGUACAAGCUAAUAUUCAAGUUAAAAAUAUAAAAUUCUUCAAAGGUUUAAGCUGAGCAGUGGCGGCAUCUUUUCCUUGCUCUGCUAUAGAGAGCUGGGUCUUAUAUAAAGUUUUCUUCACGCUAGACCUUUUCCAAAGUCAGUAUUUCCAUAUUUUCAAAAUUUAUUUUUGCAUUGGAAAGCUAUCUGCUAAAGCUCGAUGCCCUAUACAUUUUGGGCAAGCUAUUGCACUUUAAAACAUAUUUUAGAAUCAAAUACAUUAAAUAUCCCCCAAACUGCCAUAAAUUUAUAUGCAGGAAUCUUUGGGAGCUUCUGUGCAUCAGUAAUGAGAAAUCCUUUCGAACUAAUAAAGCAGCAAAUGCAGACUGGAAUGCAUAGAAACGCUAUCAAUGCUCCUAUAGAAAUAGUGCGGAAUCAAGGACUUUUUGGGCUAUAUACCGGUUUAAUACCUAUGAUUUUUAGGGAGGUUCCUUUUGAAACUUUACAAAUUGUUUUAUAUGAGCAUUUGAAAAGCUCAGACUACUUGGGGCUAGAAAUGGGCCUUCAUAAGCAUUUAAUUGAUGGAGCAAUAGCUGGAGCUGUGGCAGCAUAUAUAACAACACCUAUUGAUGUAGUAAAAACUAGAUUGAUGACUGAUGGUGGAAAAGGCAUUUAUAGUAGUUUUAUACAAGCUAUUAAACUAAUAUACAAAAAAGAAGGGAUAAAAGCUUUAUGGACCGGAUGGGAAAUUAGAUUGGCUUAUAUCACGAUUGGAGGUAUGAUUUUUUUUGGCUCAUAUGAAGAAUUUUUUUUGCUUUGUGAUAGUAAACUGAAUGCUGUUUAA